AUGUCUCCCUCCACCAUUCGCUUCCUUGUUCUUUCCGACACUCACCAUACAGGUUUCCCAGAUCCAGCGACGCUUCCAAAAGCAGAUGUCAUUCUCCAUUGCGGGGACCUAACCAUGAGAGGCGGGCUUUCGGAGUACAAACCCACCAUCGAGCGACUUUCAGCAUGCAACGCCGAGCUCAAGCUCGUCAUCCCCGAAAACCACGACUUGACUCUCGAUCAACACUGGUGGACGCGCCACUGCCAGGAAGAGGACGCAGACCCCGACGACCAUAACAAAGCCGGAGCCAUGUUCGAUUUCAAGACGACCGGCAUUCGGCUGCUCGACGAAGGAAAUUACACCUUUACGUUGCGAGAUGGACGAUCUUUCACACUGUACGUGUCGCCAUACACACCAUAUUUCUGCGACUGGGCUUUCGCGUAUGGCUCGCAGGAGGAUCGCUUUGGGCCCGAUGCUGUCAACCCAAUCCCAAAGGGCGUCGAUGUCGUUGUCACGCAUGGUCCGCCUCGGGUGCCACACGACGACUAUUCUCUGGAUCAGAUCCAGGAAGGCAAGUUAAUUGGUUGCUCCACGCUAUGGACUGCCAUUCAACGCACUCGGCCUCGCCUUCAUUGCUUCGGACACGUACACGAGGGUUACGGGGCGAAGGCUGUGAGAUGGAGGAGCAAAGAGACAGCUGUGAGUUGGGCCACCGAGGCGAAACCACCAUUUGAUCUUUCGAACGCUACCAAAGGAGAAAGCGGUGCUCUGGUUGCUGACAGCGAGGGCGAGACGCUACUUGUCAACGCCACUAUCAUGGAUAACCAGUAUGAUGCCAGAAACCAACCCCUGAUAGUUGACUUGGAAUCGUCACGAGCUUCACUUUGA